GUUGUAGUGCCGGUGUGAGAACGCGCUGAGACAGCUGUUGACAUUGUGGAGGAGCGGGGGAGUUGCGCGCUGUGGGCGCAAAGAGCGAAAACGCACCGAAACGUCAAGCGUCUCUCUGGACUGGCUGAAAUCAAGAAAGUGUCCGAAUCGCUGGACAGGCUGAAUCUAGCAGAAGAUUUGAAUGGACAAAGGGAGCAGAAAGACAUAGCAGACCCAGCCAACGUACAGAAGCCCUGUGGUGAUCCCAGCAUGCCAGUCAAGAAGAAAAGGAAGUCAUCAGGCUCAGAUGAUGCUGGACUCAGGAAGUGCAAAAUAACAAGUUUUUGUAGACCAGCAACCCCUGGAAGGCUAAUCAACUCUGAAGACCACUUUUCCAGCAAGAAGUGCCUCUCUUGGUUCUAUGAGUAUGCAGGUCCAGAUGAGGUGGUGGGACCAGAGGGCAUGGAGAAAUUUUGUGAGGACAUCGGUGUGGAGCCUGAAAAUAUUGUGAUGUUAGUUUUAGCUUGGAAAUUAGAAGCACCAAAUAUGGGAUUUUUCACUAAAGAAGAGUGGCUGAAAGGAAUGACCUCAUUACAAUGCGACUGCAAUGAGCGAUUACAGGAGAAGCUGGACUAUCUGCGAUCACAGCUCAAUGAUGCAGCCGUCUUCAAGAACAUAUACAGAUAUGCCUUCGAUUUUGCUAGGGAUAAAGACCAGCGUAGUCUCGACAUGGACACAGCCAAGUCCAUGCUUGCUUUGCUUCUGGGGCGGACGUGGCCUCUCUUUCCUGUGUUUCAUCAGUUUUUGGAGCAAUCCAGGUACAAAGUGAUGAACAAGGACCAGUGGUACAACAUAUUAGAGUUCAGCAGGACUGUCCAGGCAGACCUUAGUAACUAUGAUGAAGAUGGCGCUUGGCCAGUAAUGCUGGAUGAGUUUGUUGAGUGGCAUAAGGUUCGCUCUGCAUUGUAGAGGGCAUGCAUGCAGGAGGGAUGAGAAUUACACCAGGAGGGGAGCCAUCCCCCUCUCACCUCCCAGCAGUCAUGGGCAUGUCUGAAAGAAUUGCCCUUGGGCCCUUCAUACAAUUGGCUCUCGUUGCCCUGGAGAGACUAAACUGCACUCUUACCUUCAAAAGGGGAUACCCUUAGUCUGUGUCUGUUGCCACAGUCUCAAAACCAGUGUUGGAACAGCCCUGGGAAUUUUGUUUUCUUUUUAUUUUUGGGGUCUUACAUUUGUUUAAAGAAUGUUUUCAGAAGAAUAAAGAAUGGACUUGUACCAAACACAAUAGCUGAAAAUGUGAGUUGGUGUGAUCAAAAGAUCAAGUACAGUACGUUGGUUGUGAAAAUGUAUUUAUCUAAACACAUCAAAAAGUAGGGUGAUUGGUGCUGAGCUUUAAAGUCAUAUUUUGCUUCUGUAAAGGAAAAUUGCCAUCCAGACAGUC